UCAAGUACGUAUUCCACAUACACCACCUGCCAACCCCACAAUCCUUUCUCUCUCUCUCUUUCUGAUAUAUCUCUCAGGAAGUUUCCCAUUUGCUUUCUCUUCCUGAAAUACCAGUCUUCCUUUUUUCUUUCUCACUCUGGUAUUCUGUUUCUUCUUUUUUUGUGGUGGGGGUUAAAAAGAGAGGAAAAAAAGAGAAAAAAAAAAAAAAAAGCUUGUUUUAUGGGAAAGAACCACCAUUCAGUUCACUGAACAUAUAACACACUGAAAAAGAGAGAGAGGUUUUCUUUUGCAUUUGGGUAUAGAAGUAGAGGAGUUAUUAUAUAUGGGUUCUAUAACAAAAGGAGGGAAUGGUAAUUAUGAUUACUCAUUCAAGAUACUUUUGAUUGGUGAUUCUGGGGUUGGCAAGAGCAGUAUCUUGCUCAGCUUUAUCUCCAACUCUGUUCAGGAUCUUUCCCCAACUAUUGGUGUGGAUUUCAAGAUUAAGCUGUUAUCAGUUGGCGGGAAAAGAUUAAAGCUUACGAUUUGGGACACAGCUGGACAGGAGAGGUUUGGAACAUUAAUAAGCUCUUACUACAGAGGUGCACAUGGAAUCAUUUUUGUUUAUGAUGUCACACGUCGAGAAACAUUCACAAACUUAUUGGAAAUAUGGGCAAAGGAGGUAGAUCUCUACUCCACAAAUAAGGAGUGCAUCAGAAUUCUAGUUGGGAACAAAGUUGAUAAGGAUAAAGAAAGGGAAGUAACAAGAGAAGAGGGGAUGGCCUUUGCACAAGAGCAUAGAUGUUUGUUUCUUGAAUGCAGCGCUAAAACCAGAGAAAAUGUUCAACAGUGCUUUCGAGAUCUUGUGUUAAAGAUAAUGGAAGUGCCAAGUUUACUAGAAAAUGGAUCAGUAACAGUGAAGAGACAAAUAUUGAAGCAGAAACAAACGUACCAUGCACCGCGUGGUGGUGGUUGCUGCUCUUGAUAAAACAUGAAAGAACACCUUUAGCAAUGCUAAAGCAGAAUUCUGCAUAGCCAAGAGAGAAGAACUUGAGGUGUCACAAUGGCAAUUUGGUUCGACAUAUCAUUGUCCAUUCUUCACCAUGAUCCAGUCUAGAUGAGUACAUAUUCUUCAAAAGGCUUUUUGAAGCAACUUUCAUCACUUUCAUUACAGUUUUGGGAAUAUAAGGGUUUUAGCGACAGCUUCCUGUUUUUAUAUACAUCUGUUUCUCUGUUUAAUAUCCUCUAUAGGUGUUAAGAGAAUCUGUUAUUUAUUUCUGUCAACAACAUGUAGAAGGAUCCAGGUAUUAUAGGGUGAAUAAACUGACUUGCCAUCGUAAUAAUGAGUUUGUAUCCGAAAACUUAUUUAAUGUAUAAGAGAUGUACAGUAUAGAAAAUGGCUUUUAGUCCACAUGUUUAUAUCCGAAAACUUAUUUGAUGUAUAAGAGAUGUACAGUAUAGAAAAUGGCUUUUAGGCCACAUGGAUGCUUAUUCAUUUUGCA